AUCACACAUUCGUGAUAACCAGAUAACAGAUUAUUCUUGCGCUAAGUCGCCGACUGCCGGCUUCACUGGAAUUGUCCAUUUAUUCGCGCAUUAACGGCUUCAUUGUACAAGUAGAAGGCGAAAAGCAUUUGCCAUGUUCCACAGAAUAUUUCGAUUGAGCAGUUCGGUCGGCCAAACUACAGUUUUCCGAUCUAUCGUCGUCAAACACCAUCAUCGUGACAUGCACUGUCGCAAAAUCGUGUACGAAGAGUACGGCGAUCCCAUGAAAGUCGUGAGUCUCGUAGAGCAAACGCUACCCAACAAACUCGACGACGAUCAGGUCUUGGUGAAAAUGAUUGUUGCUCCCGUCAAUCCUGCCGACAUUAAUACUAUUCAAGGUGUGUAUCCCGUGAAACCGCCGUUGCCUGCUACUGGGGGCUAUGAAGGAAUUGGAGACGUACUGGCAGUAGGAUCGUGCGUUAAAAAUCUCUGCCCUGGCGAUCGAGUUAUACCUGACGGUGCUAUGGGUACUUGGUGUACAACUGGCGUGUUCGAUUCUAAACUUCUUAGAAAAGUAAGUAAAGAAACCAAUGUGUAUGCAUUAAGUGGUAUUUCUUCUAAUCCGUGUACCGCGUAUAGAAUGUUACAUGAUUUUGUUUCACUAAACAAAAAUGAUGUUAUUAUACAAAAUGGAGCAAACAGUGCAUGUGGUCAGAACAUUAUUCAAUUGGCUAACAUUUUUGGCUAUACAACUGUAAAUAUUAUACGCAAUCGACCUGAACCAGACUUGGAAAAUUUGAAAAAUCAUCUUAAGUGUCUAGGUGCGUCAUACAUACUUACUGAAGAAGAAUUAAGGACUACGGAUUUGUUUAGAAGUGGAGUUUUACCCAAACCACGUUUAGGAAUAAACAAUAUUGGUGGUAAAAGUUCCACAGAAGUUUUACGUACAUUGAACAACGGUGGUGUGAUGGUGACUUAUGGUGGUAUGUCGAGAGAACCAGUCAUUGUUCCAACCGCUUCUUUUAUAUUUAAAGACAUUCAACUCAGAGGUUUUUGGAUGACUAGAUGGCGUAAAGAAAAUGUUAACACUGAGCAAUACAACCAAAUGUAUGAUGAACUUUUGCAAUUUAUGAAAGAUGGCAAGUUAGUUGCUCCAGCUUACAAAACGUUACCAUUAAACUCAUUCAAAGAAGCGUUAAAAAAUACUAUAUCAUCCAAGGGCUUCAUUGGUCAUAAAUACUUUUUAAAUUUACAAACAUAAUUUCUGCUACUGAUACAUAUAAGAUUACAUUAAUAUAUACUUGUAUGUUUCAAUAAUAUACUCUUAAAGUUUUAACUAAAUUGUAUAUUAUACUAGUGUAUAUAUUAUUUAUAUAUAUUUCUAAAAUUAAUCUCUGUUAUAAUUUAAUGUUAAUUAAUUUUUAAAUAAAUUUGUUUUGAAUUAAAUUAAAUAAAUUAAGGCCUUGGUUCACUUUUAAAAAUAUCUUGCUGU